AUGUCCAUCGUCCACCUACAAGCCAUCGACAUCCUCAACGCCGAGGCAAAGUUCUCUGACCCGUAUAUCUUCAAAAUCACAUUCGAGUGCAUCGCACCAUUGGAAGAUGACAUCGAGUGGAAGCUAAUCUACGUCGGCUCGGCCGAAUCCGAGUCGUACGACCAGGAGCUCGACAACUGCAUGGUGGGGCCGGUACCCGUCGGCGUCAACUCGUUCGAGUUUGAGGCGGCCGCACCUUCGCCCGACAAGAUCCCGGCCUCGGACCUGCUCGGCGUCACCGUCAUCCUCCUCACCGCGUCGUACAAGGACGCCGAAUUUAUCCGCGUCGGAUACUACGUCAACAACGCCUACGAGACCGAGGAGCUGCGCGAGAACCCGCCGGAGCAGGUCGACCUCUCCAAGGUCAGGAGAGAGGUCCUCGUCAGCAAGCCCAGAGUCACGCGCUUCAACAUCAAGUGGGACUCGGACGACAAGGCCGCAUCUUCUGCCACCAACCCGGCCGCGGCGGCACCAGCAGCGUCAGAGUCCAACUCUCUCUCGUCUGUGCCCGUCUCGUAG